AUGCGUCUAUUCGGCCUUUGCGCUUUGGCGCUGGCUGCCGAAUGCGCCCAUGGCUACCUCGACACCACACCCUUUUUCAUGUUCUCGACCUCCGAACUCUUGACCUCCUCCUCCGAACUACAACCCGCCUCCUCGGUGAUCUCAGACGUUGCUCUGUCCUUGUCCCAAUGCCCCUCAGACUACUAUAUCUUGGUCUCUCAACAAGGCGUCAGUGGCAGGGACUAUGAAUCGAUCAAAUCGACACCAGCUCUGGCAAGAUCACUGUCGGGAACACAUCCUCGGGUCGGCGUCCGAAGUAGCAUGGUAGUCCCAGAUGUGCAGGGUACCAUUACACCUUCAGCCUGGAUUGAGGUCCUCCACGAAAAGUGUGGCGUCAAGACCACUGAAAUCGAUGCCUCGGAAGGCUUCAUCCCUACAACCCUGACGCCUACUCCCCGGCUGAUCAAGGUUAACCUGCCUGCACCGCCGUCGGAAUCAAGGGCCAAACAUCUUGCCUCGAACGAUGCCUUCUUCGCCUCAAUCCUCGAUCUGCUGUCCACCCAGAAUUACACCGUCCUCUACACGACGACGCGGGCCCAGGAUGGGUCUCUCAUGGCCCAACAGCUUGAGAAGACGGAAUACGACAUGGACUCGCCCAUUCAAGAUUCUCUGCAUCUGGACCUGAGGAGAGAUCUCGGUGCUCACGCAGCCAACCGGACAGGAAACCAGACCAUGAUUGACGGGCCACUGUUUGACAAAUACCAGUUCUUCACACCCGGUAUUUACAUGAGCUUUCUCGUCGGAUUCCUUCUCCUCUCGAUCCUUUACGUGGCCAUUUCGGCUGUCGCCUCUCUUCAAGUCACCUAUGCUGCUUUUGACAAGGAGACCGGUGCGCUGGCUGGAAAGAAGCAGCAGUGA